GCAGCGCUACUCUUGUGAAACCACCACCACCGUUUCAUUGAUUCACAGACUUUAAACACACAACAUGCAAACAAGAAGGUAAUGACAGGUCUCAUUGUAACUAUAUUAAUAACAAUUGCCUGUGACAGUUAAGCUCUGCUAUAUCUCAAAGGAGAGAUAUCAACGCUGUCUCUGAAGGGAACUUGGAUACAACAUCUAUGAUCUUUUUUUCUCCACUCUCUAACACUUAUAGAUCAUCAUCUACUGUGUAUUUUUCUAUUCGGAUACCUGCACGUUGCCAUUUAUGUCAGACUAAAUAACUGCUAUGACAGGGAAACUGGCGGACAAGCUCCCUCUUACCAUGAGCAGUUUAAUAAACACGAUUCCUGACAGUCUUUACCCAGAAGAGGACAUUCCGACGUCUAUGAACAUUUUCACCAAUACGGAUUCUAUAAACCACUACUCGCAAAUGAAUACAGAUAAUAUCAUGGAUCUGGGGAUGGGAAGUGAUAAAGGAAAUGCAGAGAUCCAGUACGGCUCUAGCUUCCAGUCCAGCCGCAGCGGGCAGCCGGUCACCUAUUUGGGGAAGUUUGCCUUCGAUACUCCUCCGUCGGGUGGAAUGGGGGGCUCUGGCUGGUGUUCAGACAACAAUAUCAUUAGUUUAGUAAGUGCUGGGAUCUUGGGCGUCUCCCCGUCGCCUGGCACUAUCACCACACAGACAUCGUCCUCUGGAGCCAGCAUGGGCGGCCAGUCCUCAGAUAUGGAGCAGGUCUAUGGUCCGCCACUGCCAGCUUAUUCCACCUGCAGCGAGCUGUACCAGGAUCAGGUCUCCUUCCACCACAGUCCUGCUACCAGCACUACCCUCGGCUACCCCAGCAAUGACUACCACACCACCUCCAAGCCCUCCAUGGACGGGAGCCUUUUCUCCAUGAUCCCAGACUAUAACCUCUUCCAUCAUCAGGGUGAGGUUGGCAUGAUGGAGCACAAGCCUUUCCAGUCCAUGGACCCCAUUCGUGUUAACCCCCCACCCAUCACACCACUAGAGACCAUUCGCGCAUUCAAAGACAAGCAGAUUCAUCCAGGUUUCAUGGGCGGGCAGCAGCAUGCUCCUCAGCACCACCAGCCACCACAGACACUAACACUCAAACCAAUCCGACCACGGAAGUACCCAAACCGGCCCAGCAAAACCCCUGUGCAUGAGCGGCCACAUGCCUGCCCAGCAGAAAACUGUGACAGACGCUUCUCCCGUUCAGAUGAACUGACACGCCACCUCCGCAUCCACACGGGUCACAAACCCUUCCAGUGCCGCAUAUGUAUGCGCUCCUUCAGCCGAAGCGACCACCUGACUACCCACAUCCGCACGCACACGGGCGAGAAGCCUUUCUCCUGUGAAUUCUGUGGACGCAAGUUUGCCCGGAGUGAUGAGCGCAAGAGACAUGCCAAAGUUCACCUCAAGCAGAAGGACAAGAAGCCGGCCGACAAGGGGAGUGGAGCGGCUGGCAGCCACAGCUCACCCCCCAAUUCCUGUGGUGGCAGUGGGGGGCCUAGCAGUGGCAACAUCAUGACUGUCACUACCUGUGCUUAGGAUGGACCAUCACCAUGCCCUAACAUAAGACUGGGGAGGGAGGGAUCCUAUCCACAAUGAGACAAAUAGGUGACUCUUUCUCUCUCUUUUUCUCUUACACUCCAUCUCUUUUAAUUUUUAUUUCCAUGUAAUAUUUCCCUCCUCUAUUUGGAGAUGUUAUCUUGUAAGAGUAUGGGAAGAAGAGGACAUAGACACGGGAGAGACAGCAACUGUGUGAAUGUUUGCAAGCAGAGGGGCAUCAUGGCACCGGCUGUCCAAGAGGACAUGGCAUAUCUUUGAUAAUGAAAUUCAAGUUUCUGAAGUCAUACUUUAUCAUGUAUUGUGUUUUCUGAGAAAUUCACCAAAAAUCUUGGAUGUGAUGGGAUUCAAAAAAAUUCUGAUUUGGGUUUAGAUUGAAUUACAACUGGGCGUAGAAUAAGGUGAGCUAUGUUUGAGAUGUAUGCAUUUAUUUCAUCUGGUUGUUUAAAAGUGCAAUUGGUUGUAUUUGUGUACUGUUGUUGAUACCUUAUUUGCUGCACUUUCCAUUGCCUUGUCUUUUUGUUGUAAAAUACUUUUUUACACAUAUUUUUUAUUAUUAUUAUUGUUUCUCAAAAUAAUGUGCCAAACGUUUUGGGAUAACACUGCUAAGUUUGUUUUCUUAAUUGUGCCUGGGAUUAACCAAACAUUACAAAUACAUAAACUAUGUUUCCGACAUUGAUUUAAGGCAGAUUGUAAACUUUAGCCCCAAAAUACUGAAACGUGUUAUUUUAUUAUAAUUUGAGCAAUUAUAAGUAUCACAGUUACAACUCAGUUGGUCAAAAUUAUUUUGCUAUAAACUCAAAAACAUCAGCAUAAAAAAAAAAACACAUGAAUAUUGGUUUUGUCCAUCCAAACCCAAUCCUGUGUUCAAUGGACCAGUCUUUGGUGGUAAUCUAUAAAAUACUAUAAAAACUAAAUAAAAUGGAUUGCAAAAUUAAUGUUAAAUCUUCAUGUACUGAUGAAGAAUGUAACAUAUUCACUACAAAUUACACAAAUCCAUGACAUAAAGCUUAUCAAGAUACCCAAGAUAAAACAAAAAUCUAUAUUUUAAGUUUAGUGCUUAUGUUGCUUUAAAAAUAUAUAUAUUACCGUCUAUCUUCAUUUAUAUGUGUAUUUAAAGACACACUCGACCAAACUUGAAGUGAAAUGCUAAGAGCGCAGAGAAUAAGACUGAAACAUUGAAAUACCUGCAUCUAUACUACAAGUCAACAUUUCUGAAUAACAGCAGAGAUGAAGAGGGCCUUUUAUCUGUGCAUUCACUGAGAGACCUGCCAGUUAUAUUCAUGUAAUUAGAGAUAUUGUAAAAUAAAAUGUUUUGCAUAUUGUUACAAUGAGCAACAUCUUUAAGAAGUACUAUAGAAUCUACAUGGUAUUGCCAUGCUUACACCUACUAUUUUGAGAGAUCCUGAAUUUAAAAUGGUUAUUUUUUUUGUAUAGUGAGAGAUAUAUACAGGUACUUCAACUUUUAUACUCAGACUGUCAAAGGCACCAUAUACUUCAGUAUUAAAUUGUGCAUUUGUAUGCAUGUGUAUGUAGAAGUACAAUAUAUAAAAACAAAUGUAUACAUACACACAUUUCUUAUUGACUGAAUGCUUGUGCAGAAGGGGUCUUAAAAUGCUUCUUGUAAAGUAAUGAUAAUGCAGAAAGUUUUGUGAACACAAGUCAUUGCAAAAGACUUGAGCAUUGACAGUGCCAAAUGGGGUUCAUUAUCUUCCAUUUCAAAACGAUCUAAUAUUAUUUGUACCUACUAUAGGGUUCUUAGCAGAAACUGGUUUGAGGAAACACUAAAUGUGUUCUUAAACUAAAAAACAAAAAUCUGAACAAAAAUCUUUGUAUUUCAAUUGCAAACAAGCCUGUAAUGUAUGGAUUCCAAAGUUCAGACAAAUAUAUUGAAAAAAACAAGCCUAGUACACAGUAUGCAACAUUUUUCACUAUCCACAUGGAUUUUUAGAUCAGUAAGGCAAUAUCAGUAUGCAAUAUACAGUUACAAGUGGCAAGUCUGGCAUUGACUGAAGGCUACGCUACUUGAAUUACUUUAGAUUCAGAUAAAUACAUUUCUUACAAUAAUCUUGGGUCACACUGAUUAAAAAAAUGCACUCAUGUGUGUCAAAUAUAUAAAAUCAUUAAACAAGUAGUCAACUAAGUCAAAUCAUAUAAUCUUAUAAUUUCAUUAAUGAUAACAAUGUAUAGGUAAUAAUGUACUACAAUUCAUUUGAGGGAUGUAAAUCCAAACUGUUUGGGAAUUUAUCCACUACAUUUGAUUGUUGUCUUCACUGUGCUCAAUGCUCUAGUCAGCUUUGGUCUUGGAGUUUCUCUGAUGUCCCCUGAAAGGGCAGUUAUUUUACCCCUCCUCUCCCAUCUGGCCCUGUGUGCGAUAAUUAAUGCACCACAGUCGAAUGUUUUCUCUGUGUGUUUGAUAUGGAUUACUUAUUGUCAUAGCAGCUGUGCCUGAUAGCAAAAACUUUCACAAAUCUUGAUUGAAAAUUUCAACAAAGGUCAAAAACAAGGAUUUAUAAAUGCGUUGCUCACUAAAUUACAGCAUUCUCCAAUGUGCUUCCAAGGCCACAUUCCCUCUUUCCUGUGCAAACUGGUUUUCAUUGCUAGGCUUCCUGGCAAGUGUCCACUUAUUUUCCAAUUAAUUUGGCCCCAGAGUGUCUUUCUCCAGUUCAUCUACUGUAAAUGGGUAAAUGAACAGACCCCUUGCAUUGUCUGACAGACUUGGUGAGUUCACACAUACAGUAUCAUCUCACUUAUUAUUUAAAUCAAUUGCUUUCUGAAGUGCAUUUUAGGACAGGUGUAUUCCUGGUGCCAAUUAUUAAUAUUUCUGGGACUUUGCUUGAGCUAGUUUGAUGAAUGGCAGGAUUUUAAAAAGGAUAGUUCACUGAUCAUGAUUAGUUAGCAAGUGAAUAGUAGUAAGUGAAAAAAUAAACGAUAUAAAAGGGGAAUGUAGAUGAUUACAGUCCAUCUAUAAUGAUACUCAAAUAACACUGGUCUGUAUUGAUUCAAAACAUGUAUCAUUUGAAGUGGGAUUUGCCUUAAGCUAAGUGAAGUGUAGAAAACUGUAUGUAUGGCUUGGAAUAUUCAGUUAUGGCCUUUAAUGUUAAAAGUGUGUGCAUAAGCAAGUGUAUCCAUCUUAACUUCUCUGGUUAAUUGAAGAGAUGAAAUUCUCAACAGCUGAGAUGGGAUUGGCUCACAGGUGGAAUACAGGCAAAUACAAUCUAUACUGAACAAAUAUAUAAAUGCAAUAUGCAACAAUUUUACUGAGUUAAAGUUCAUAUAAGAAAAUCAGCCAAUUGAAAUAAAUUCAUUAGGCCCGAAUCUGUGGAUUUUACAUGACUGGGCAGGGGUGCAGCCAAGGGUGGGCCUAGGAGGACAUAGGCUCACUCACUUAGGAGCCAGGCCCAGCCAAUCAGAAUGAGUUUUCCCCCACAAAAGGGCUUUAUUACAGAAAGAAAUACUCCUCUGUUUCAUCAGCUGUCCGGGUGGCUGGUUUCAGAUGAUCCCGCAAGUGAAGAAGCUGGAUGUGGCGGUCCUGGGAUAGCGUGGUACAUGUGGUCUGCGGUUGCGAGGCUGGUUGGACAUACUGAUAAAUUCUCUAAAAUGACGUUGGAUGCGGCUUAUGGUAGAGAAAUGAACAGGCAAUGCCCUGGCAACAGCUCUAAUGGACAUUUCUGCAGUCAGCAUGCCAAUUGCAUGCUCCCUCAAAACUUGAGAAAUCUGCAGUAUUGUGUUGUGUGACAAAACUGCACAUUUUAGAGUGGCCUUUUA